AUGCUGCGCUUCCUCCCGGAGCUGAUGAUCAUGAUCAAAGGCAUGGUGACCGCCGCCUCCACCGUGAGCUACACCCUGGGGCUCCUGCUGGUCAUCACGUACGUUUUCGCCAUCAUGCUGACGCAGCUGACGAUGCCGAAGUACGACGACGACGACCUCCACGUGUCGUACAUCCACGUGACGUACUUCGAGGGCGUGGCCAAGUCCAUGUACAGCCUCAUCAUCUACGCGACCUUCCUGGACAACCUGGCCGACUUCUGCGGCGCCAUCAAGGAGGAGAGCUCGCUAUGCCUCGCGGUGGUCACUGUGUUCGUAGGACUGGCCAACUUGACCGUGAUGAACAUGCUCAUCGGAGUUCUUUGCGAGGUGAUUUCUGCUGUGGCUCAAGAGGAGAAGGAGCAGCUGAUCACUGACAAGGUGCACGAAAAGUUCAGGGACAUCGUCAAGCAGAUUGACCAGGACAACGACAACAUGCUGUCCUGGAACGAGUUCAUCAAGAUCAUGGACGUCCCGGAGGCAGUCGCCCAGCUCGACAGCGUCGGCGUGGACCCGGAGGGCAUGAUCGACUUCGCCCAGGACUGGUUCCAGGAGGACGGACAGCCGAAGGCCAUCACCUUCAAGGAGUUCAUGGACAUCGUGCUGGACCUCCGAGGCACGCAGAUUGCGACGCUCAAGGACCUCAUGACCAUGCAGAAGCACGUGAACGGCAAGUUCAGUGCCCUCAAGGGCAGGCUGGAGACCAUUGAUAGGGUAUUGGAGGACUGCCUCGACGAGGACACCGGGAACCGCUAG